AGAGGUAAAAAAGAGACGUGGAGAUGUAGCAGCUAACAAUUGAAAGUUUUAACUCUUUUCUUCUAUCGUGCAUUUGACUUUUUAACACUUUGUUUAUUUUUUUGUUUUAUUUUCACGUCGUCCUUUCUACUUUACGGUCCGAGGCAUUGUAUCCUUGGCAACGUGAACAACUGUCCUGCGAAGUUUGGAUCAAGUGUUUUUACCUUCAACCGAGAAACGAACUGGAUAUUUACCCGCUUUAACGGACUGGAACUCACCCUGGGGUGCAUAUGGCUACUUUUGGAAGUUUCUAGAAUAAGUUUAGUUCAUUUUAAACUAGUUUUUUAUUUAUUUUAAACCCGGUGUUUAGGGAAACGGGGCAGCGCGAGACAAUAGUGAGAGGGAGAGAGAGCUCGUGCUGGGGGGGGGAAUCGAUGCCUCGCGGGGGCUUUGUUCUGUCCGGUGUGGAGACCUACCGCGAGCCUGCUGCGGAUAUCGAUUGAUUGAUUGAUUGAUUGAUCGGAAGCCAUUCGAGCAGCUAUGGAUGUGACUGUGUCGGAGUUACUGGCUUCUUUCAUGGAGUCACCUCUCGUGGUGUGGGUGAGGACGCUGGGUCCGCUGGGCCCGUGCCAGGACGUGGGCUCAGAGGAGCGGGUCAACAUGUUCAUGGAGCUGGCGGACGGCGUCUUCCUGCACAAGAUCAUGACACACAUCGACCCCAGCCCAACCAAUCAGAGGCUGAACAAGAAUGUGAACAAUGACAUGGCGCUUCGCCUUCACAACCUGACCGUGCUCAUUAGACACAUCAGGAUGUACUACCAGGACACAUUACAGCAGUUAAUAGUCAUGCCCCUUCCAAACAUUCUCUGCAUCGCCAAGGAUCCCAUAUCAGCUAAAAGCAUGGAGGAGCUGAAAAGACUUUUGUUGCUGGUACUAGGCUGUGCUGUCCAGUGCGAGCGUAAGGAGGAGAUGAUAGAGAAGAUCAAGCUGCUGGACAUAGAGACACAGGCAGCCAUUGUGUCUCACAUCCAGGAGGUGACUCAUAACCAGAUGAAUGUUCUUGACCUGUCCUGGUUGGAGGAAGGAGCCGAACUCGCACAGGACGAGCUAGAACCUUUAUCCCGCAGCAUGGCUGUAUCGCUACGGCAACUGAUUGACCAGAGAGACAAAGCAGGCGAGGUGAUUGUAGAUCUGACCCAGGAAAGGGACUACCUGUCCAGUCAGCAGCCUCAGGAAGGGUGCAGGUCCCUGGGCAUGAGCAGCCCAGAGCGUGGGCAGACCUCUGGAGGUGUUGCGCUGAAUAACGGAGGAUCGACUUUGAACGUCGCCGGGCUGACCAAAGAGGAGAAGCAGCAUCUGUCUGUAGAGCUCGCUGAUACCAAAGCCAAGCUCCGCAGAUACAGACAAGAACUGGAGGAGAAAACAGAGCAGCUGAUGGAUUCAAAACAUGAAGUGGAGCGUCAGGAUCAGGAGUUACAGAGACUGAAACAAGAGAACCAGUCGCUGUCCUGUGAGGCUCGGUCGGUGCGAGCGUACCGGGACGAGGUAGACUCGCUGAGAGAGAGAGCGUCCCGGGUCGAUCGACUGGAGACUGAACUGACCCGAUGUAAAGAGAAGCUCAAUGACGUUCACUUCUACAAGACCAGAGUGGAGGAGCUCCGCGAGGACAACCUGACUCUGGUGGAGACGAAGGUGCUGUUGGAGGAGCAGCUGUCAGCCUCCAGAGGGCGCUGUGAUAAACUGCACACGCUCGAGAAAGACAACCUGUUACUACGAGCUAAAAUACAGGACCUGGAAAUGGAGCGGGAUAAUGAGCGUCGGAGGCUGGAGGAGCUGGUGGAGGAGAACAUGCUACUGGAGAUCGGACAGAAACAGAGCAUGAACGAGUCGGCUCAUCUGGGCUGGGAACUGGAACAGCUGACCAAGAACCAUGACAACACUAACACAGAGACUCGAAAGUCGAUUGUCCACGAGCUGAACGAGUGCGUUUCCAGUCGGGUGCUGAAGCUGGAGAAGGAGAACCGGGAGCUGCAGUCCUCUAUAGAGAGACUGAAAGAUGAGAGUCACGUCCUGCAGGAGAAACAGCUCCACACCCAGGAGCUGGACAGGGAGAACCAGGGUCUCAGCAAGAAGUUGGAGCGUCUCCAAGGCUUAUUAGACCAGGAGAGGCUGACAAAUCAGGACAUGGAGUCUCUGGGAGAUGAAAUACUGAAGGAAAAACAGAGUUUGGAGAGAGAACUGCACACUUUGAGGGCAGAGAAAGACAGACAGAUCUCAGAGCUGGAGAGUGAGAAGCAGCACCUAUCUGACGCGGUGGAAUCCCUCCGUGAGCGCGCUCAGUCCAACAGCGAGGCAAGGGUACGUGAGACAGAGGCAGAGAACCGCCUUAUGCACCAGAGCAUCACCGACACCACCUCCCGGUUAGUCAGUUUGGAGACUCAACUCAAACAAGCCAGCGAGGAGGCUGAUAGGCUGAGGGAGAGGGCGGAGCGGUGCGAGGAGGCGGAGAGGGAGGCGGCGAGGGUGGAGAGGAGCAGGGAUGCUCUGAACAGAGAGGUGGAGUCUCUGCGUGCGUGCAGCGAGCGGUCGGAGGCUCUAGAGAAGCAGGUGUACUCCCUGGAGCAGGAGGUGCACAGGCUGAAGAGAGAGACAGAGGAGGCCCAGCAGGAGCUCCAGCGGCUGGGGAGGCAGGAAGCAGAGAACGGCCUGCUGUCCAAGGAGAACCUUGAUCUCCGCUGCUCCCUGGAAAACCUGCGUUCCUCGACCGCCCGCCUUGCCACGCUCCAGGAGGAGCAUCAGGAGGUGCAGAGCAAAACGCAGGAGCUGCAGAGGAAGCUGGAGGAGACGAAAGAAGAGGCACAAGGAGAGAGGAAAAGGGUGGAGAGGCUGGAGCUGAACGCAGCCACCCUGAACCAGGAGAAGCAUCGUUUAGAGGAGGAGGUAGAGAAGAGCAAAGAGGAGAGGGAAGAGUUGGAGAGAGAGAAGCAGGAGGUGCAGAACAGAGAGGAGGAACUGAGGAGGGAAGUAGAGGAACUGAAAGAGGAGAGGAGGAGAAGAGAGGACGGCGACGAGGAGAGGAGGAAGCUCCAACUGGACUUGGAGCAGUCGGAGAAGGGCAGGAAGCACCUGGAGAAGGAGAGCUGGAGGAUCAGAACGCUGCUGGAGGGGAAAGAAACGGAGCUGGAGGAGAAAGCAACGAGGCUGGCUACGGUGGAGAAGGAGGGCGUGGCUGUGAGUAAGGAGGUGGAUAGGCUGAAGGAGGUGGCAGUUAAAGCCAAGGAGUUGGAGAGGGAGAACAAGGAGCUGCAGAAACAGGCGACCAUUGACAAGAAAACUUUGGCUACACUGAGAGAGGAUCUGGUGUCAGAGAAGCUGAGUGUUCAGCAGCAGAGCGUCGAGUUAGAGAGACUCAACGAAGAACUGGAGAAGAUCGGACUGAACAGAGAAAAACUACUGCAGCAGGAGCACACACUGGAGGACAGCAGGUACAGGCUGCUCGAGUCCCGGCUGGAGGAAACAGUCCAACAGACGAUGAAGCUUAAAGAGAAGAAAAUCUCCACUCUGGAAAAGAAACUGGAAGAGAGCAACACACAGUGCACUGUGCUACGUGCUGAACUGACCAAUGCUCGUCAGACAUUGUCUGCCCUGCGUCAGCAAAAGGAGGAAGAAAACCACUCACAGUCAGGGGGAAAUCAUGGUCAUGGGUCAGCCACUGCUGAGCUGCUCCGCAUCAAAGAUCAUCUCAUCGAUGUAGAGAAGAAUAACUCCUCCUUACAGACAGAGAGCAGUUUAAUAAAGGAGCAGCUCCAAAAGAUGGAAAACCAGAACACUUCUCUCAACAACCAGAUGGUGGCACUGCAAAGGCACACCACCAGCCUGCAGGAGCAGAAUUCCUCCUUACACACACAGACUGCUAAAUUACAGGUGGAGAACUCCACGCUCUCGUCCCAGAGCGCAUCUCUCAUGGCCCAGAAUGCUGUGCUGCAGGGCCAAGUCACUGCCUUGGAGACGGAGGUAGAGUCGUGGCAGCGGCAGCGUGACGAGGAGUGGCGAGCCAGAGAAAGCGUGCUGAGCGACCACGAACGCUUGCUGAAUGUUCAUGAGAGGCAAGCGCACGAGUAUGAGCAGCUCAUCAGUCAGCACGCUGCGCUGAAAGGAAAGCAGAGGACGCUAGAGAGCGAGCUCAGGACCAUGCACAGCAAGCAUUGCAUUUUGCUGCAGCAGAAGGAGAAAUGGGAGGAGCAGGAGGCGCGUGGUCAGAAGGACAAGGAGGAGCUAAACCAGGAGGUCCAGAAGACUCGACUACUGCAGCAAGAGAAUCUGCAGCUAAAAACAGAAGUGGACAGGUUGAAGGACAACCAAUCACAGCAGUCAGAACAGUGCGAGGGCUUCCAGCAGCGCUUGAAUGAACUGAAGAGCUCGUUAAGCUCCUCCCAGGUGGAGGCCAGUCGAUGGAUGUCACGAUACGAUGCGCUGAACGAGCAACACCAGGGCCUGGAUCUGAACAUGACCAAACUGGACAACCACUGCGAGCUGUUGAGUCGACUAAAGGGGAACCUAGAAGAAGAAAACCACCACCUGCUGAGUCAGAUCAACCUGCUGAGUCAGCAGAACCACACUCUGCUGGAGAGAAGCAUGGAGAGCAAAGAGCUCUAUCACCAGGAACAGAAACUAUACAUUGAUAAGCUGAACGCUCUCCGUCGUCAGAAAGAGAAAUUAGAGGAGAAGAUCAUGGACCAGUACAAGUUCUACGACCCCACACCUAAAAAGAGGAGUCAGUGGUCCGGAGCCAAAGCUUUAGCCAAACUCAUCAAACCAAGAAAGGAGAGCAGCAGGGAGAGGGGGCCCGACCGAGACAAGGAAGGGGGCAAAGAGAAAGAACGAGUUAAAAGCGCCCCAGACAUCCCCCUGCCUGCCCCCCCUCCUCUUCUCCCCCCCGAAACCCCGCCCCCGCUGCUACAGAGGACAGGAAGCGACUCCCUAGACAGCGGCCAUGCCCACAGUAACCAUAACAACCACACCACCAGCCCAAGCCUGGGACCCCAGAGUCCUGCGCUGACGCCCAUCACCAGAGGUUUGCCUGACAGAGGCCGGGGAGUUUAUCGCAGCAGUACUCCAGGAGGCAGCAGCGAGAGUGUCAACGGAGAAGAUGGACACAGACAAGGUCAGGCCCACAAAGUUCUGAGUUCCACUCCGAGCCAUCACUCAGCCAACAACUCCAGCUCCAGACUGGGACAAGCCCCCAGCCGCAGGCCCAGAGGUCUGUUACUGGAUGAAGACUCUCGCCUCAACAACUCCGACCCCAUGUUCGGUCAGCACGGCAACGCGGGGGGUCGCCCAGGGUCUGCCGAUUAUAGCCACAACACCUCCAGCUCCAACUCACCUGUCAACUGCAGAGACGCUUCAGAUCGCCAGGGUCGCUCAGCCAGCCUCUCCAGCGACGAUGUCGUCACGGGCCAAUCGCACCAGUCCCUGUCGCGUAGCUCCACCCUCCCAUAUGACCACACGCCCCAGAGGGCCCAACCACAGCACGGGGGAGGCGGGCUCAGGAAUAAAACUCGGCCCGGUUCUCCUGGGAGUGAGAUGGUGACGCUGGAGGAGUUUCUACAUGAGAGCAAUAAAAAGUCUCCUCCAAUGGUGUCUACAGAAAGCAGAGAGGACCUGAUGACUGACUAUUUCAGAAGUCCCGCCCCCUCAGCGUCUACCAGAGACCAAGUCACGCCCACCAGCUAUGUCACGCCCACCAUACAACCAUCCAACCAGAGGCCAGGCCAGAGCGUGAAGCCGUCUCCACGCCAGCCUGUUGGCCAAUCCCCAGCAUCGGGCCAACCCGUCAAUCAGAGAAACAGCCAAUCGCUGAGCAGGGCGUUCAGCCUGGCCUCCGUCGAUUUGCUCCGCUCCAAUGGGCCGGACAGUUUCCGCGGAAACGAAGGUUCCCCUGGCCAAUCGGACGUGGUGGUUCGGCGACAAGGAGGAGGAGCUAACGGGAGAGAACGGCCGCUCUCGGCUCGUCUGGUCGGACCAACCAAUCAGCACGCAGACGGCAGCUUCCUGAACCCACCCAUUCACCACUCGUCCUCUCUCAACCUGCAGACGGAGAGACACGGAGAGAGAGAGAGGACGAGGACUCCCUCCUCUCGUAACGGCCCCACCUCAUCCUCCUCCUUCCAUCAGCGAGGAGAGGUUGCCAUGGUAACCCCGGUCAGGGCUGUGCCCGCCUCUCGCUUAGAAGACACCUCUGAGCACGGGGAGGGGAUAAGAGACGGGCGGUCGGGUGACUCCUCCAACUUAAAGAAAGACGGAGAGAGAGCGAGGUGCGGCUCUGUGGAACGCCCUAAAAGCACGCCGUCGUCCCCCGACCCCAACAACGACCCCCAGACUGUGUGGUAUGAGUACGGCUGCGUCUAAACACUGCAGCCAAUGCAAGGUCUAUGGGCGUGGCUGCGUCUAAAUACUGAAGCUGGGGCCGAUUACUGGUGCUUUAUAGGCUGAAUCCAAACCCUCAGAGAGAAGCCUGCUCAGUCUACACUCUUUGUACUGUGGAUAAAUACUGUCACUCUCUACAUCUCUGUAGUUAAGCUUUGCUUUAAACACAGCAUCAAUUGGACAUCUGUCUAAAUCCUGGGAUAAGCCACACACACAUAUCUGCGUAAAGAGGCUCAGUUUGUAUUUUUGUACACGAACAACCAGAUUCUACACACCUGCUGCCAAUAACAGUCUCACAUCAGUCUCAUCAGCUGCUGGAUGUGUUGGGAGUCCGCUGCAAGCUUCCUGUAGACUUGAACACUGCAACACUAUUAACACGGUGACAACGCUGGAAUGUAUGAACCUCUGCUGUGUGGAAUCAUCACCAUGUUUUUACUGUGAUCCAGCACAAAGCCCCGAGCAGCCACCAAAGCAGUUUUUUUUUAAUUAUUAUUAUAUCGUUUUCAACUGACCAGCUGAUGAUCCUGCUGUUGUUUUUUUUUUUUAAAGCUAGUAACUUAAAAAAAGGAAAAGUGCUCAUUUGAACACAUAUAGAUUGGAGAUGAAUAGAAUAACACUUUAAAGGCCACAAGGAACAGAGGACAAGUGGAAGUUGUGGAGCAGAACACUAGAGACGGGCUCUGUCUAUGAGCUGGAACUCUUUGACUGCUGACUGACACACACACACACACACACAGGCACACAAGCUGCUGUCUGGUCCCCUGCUUAAUGUUUACCUGGAUGUCACCGAGGUGCCAUCUGAAGAGAAGGUGACCAGAAGCACUAGAGCGACUGAAUGUAUCUUCCCCCCGCCAUCGAGAACAAACACUGGAAAAAACCGAUGAGAGCGGAGGAAGAGGAGGAGGAGGAGGGAGAGGGUGUGUGAGGGAGCAGUGGAUGUAGAGAUAGAGACAAAGGAGCGACAGGACGGAGGGACAGAUAUAGAGACGGAUGGAGUGACAUGAGGACGGAUAGAUAAACAGGACAGAGAUAGAGGGGCCUCCUCCCAGUUAAAUUACAGUCUUUCUCUCCCUCCAUCUUUAGAUUCUGUCCCAGCAUGCAACACUCUCGACACUUUACUGGAAACGCUGUUCGGCCCGAGCCAACACUAGUUUCACAAACACACACGCACACACACACACACAUAUAUUUAAUGAUAUAUACAGACACACAGGCAUUGUCCUUGAGGGGGUUGGUUGCGGCUUUUCCUAACCAUUGAGCUGGACUUAAUUCACACACACACACACACACACACACACACACACACACACACACACACACACACACACACUGCUGGGUCGACCGCUGUGUUUUGGUAGGCUGUACUGCUGCACGCUAAGUUAGCCAGACAGUUGUAAGCAUUGCACAGCAGAGAGAGAGGAGGGCUGUGAGUUAGCUUUAGCGAUACUUUCACAUGAGUGAAUACACCAAAUGUUUGUAGAUAAACACUCAUUAUAUGUAAUCAUCCAAAAUCAUCUGCUUAUCUCUAACUUGGGUGCACCACACUAGCAUAUCACACUGGUAUAUGUUACACAGUUAGUAUCACAUGGGUCACGGGGCAGGUGGGCGAUGUAGAUCAAAUCUUCUAUCAUGGUUUUUGCUAUUUAAUCAAGCACAGUUGGGAUGCAAGUUUAACAAUGCAAAUAAUGCAAUGCAAAUUCCUCACCAUGUCUUCUGGCAAAUUGUUGCAUUUAAAGAAUAUUUUAUAGCAUUUUGUAGUCCAAAUGAUGAAUCGAAUAAUUAUAAUAUAAAUUCAGUUGCACUGCUACUGCAAUAAUUACGGUAGCCUAAAGGCAAAUUCCAGCUUUCUCCCACACACCACAGACAUGUAACUUAGAUUAAUAGGUAACUAAAAUUGCCUGCAGGUGUGUGUAUAUAUAGAAGUGCAUUGCAUUCACCGAAGACAAUAUAAGAACAUGUCAUUUUGGCUUAUUGUCAUCAGAUGAGUCCAAAAGGGUCACUGGAAUAUAAGCUGUUGUUUUUCAGAUUUCAGCCACUGAUUUUUUUCACAUGAUCACAUUUAAAAACGUAUUAGAUCAAACACAGUUAAGUGGUUAGUCAGAGCACAGUUUGUGAGCAGUUAAAUAUCAACCAACCCUCACAUGUUCAUUAAAUGAAAUUGAUCUACUUAAAGGAGCAGUGUGUUGGAUUUAGUCAUAUUUAGUGGUGAGGUUGCAGACUGCCAGCCAGCAUAUAGGAGAACCAACAGUGGCAGCAAAACACACACACACACAUACACACACAAAAAAAGGAAAAGUCCCUCUCUAGAGCCAGUGUCUGUUUUUUGUCCAUUCUGGGCUACUGUAGAAACACAGAGGACUAGAUGCGGCUAAAUUCAGCACACUGCACCUUUUUAAUUGUAAUAACCACAAGCUCAUCCUGACCAUCAGUGACUCAUCACACACCACUUUGAUUUUCCAGCAGUGUAUUUAUACUAAAGCACCACACUUUAAAGACCGUAAUGAUUGAUUGUGAGAAAAGAAGUGAUGUAAGUGAAGCGUAUGUGAGAAAUCGCCCAACGAUCUGACAGGAUAUACAUUUCCUGUGUCAAAUAUUAAAAGCAUGGGGGGAAGAUGCUCAUCCACAAACCACAUGAUCACACACACACACACACGUGUAGUUUCUGUUCACUGGUGUGUGUGGGUGUGUGUGUGUGUGUUUGUGUGUGUGUGUGUGUCUACAGCAGACACUUGGAUGGUUCUGCUGUCAUUGUUCUCAGUUGACAGCAUUUACAAAUACUUGGUGUAUUUACACAUACUUGGAAGAGGAAGUGUAAGAGAGAAAGAGUCCCUCAGACAGACAGAUGAUGGACCCUGUUCACCAAUCCACCUGACCUUUUUGUCUUUACUGCUGUUUGUAUAUAGAACCCCCCUCCCUCCCCCCCUCCCCCCCCCCCCCCCUUUACUUACCCCUUUCUCCUCUCUCAGCAUCACAAACCACUGACAAAGAGCACUAGAUCACCAAGGAUGAAGAGCGAACACUGGAGUGGUGAAAAUGAAGAUUUGGGAACCAUUACUAACCUUUCUGCUCACCUUUUUAAACAUUUUUUUAACAAAAUAAAAGCACAUGCUGAUAUGCAAGGAGCUAAAUUAUUUUUACCUGUAACAUUUGUACAUGACGUUAGAUUUUUAUAAACUGGUAAAACUUUAGAAGACGUGGGAGACUUUUUAAACUGGAAUUAUACCAUGAAAAUAUAUGUUGAUACCAAAAAAACAACAAAUCUAAACCAGAUGAAUUCCUGUAAACUGGUAGAAAACCUGUGAUCGACUGUAAAAUGUUGAUAUUUGUACAUUUAUUUUGAUACUUUAAAACGUUGCGGUGAGACGACGGAGCGACAGGAAGUGAAACACUGGAGGUUGAUGCUGUCAGUAGUGCUGCUGUUUACCUGUUUGUGUGUUUGUGUGUUGCCUUUGUUUAUGUCUGCACUUAAGGCAUCUGUCUAAUAUUAGUUUUUGUAAUGCUUCAAGACAUUUCACUGUAUGUGUGUGUGUGUGUGUGUGUGUAUUUUAUUUUGCUGAUGUCAGACAAAAAAAAUAUGGAAUUCCCAGAGGCAAUUUUUCUUUUAUUAAAAAAUAGCUUCUUUGUAUGUGUGUGUGUGUGUGUUGCAUUAUUAGUUAUUGUCUUUCUGAAAGUGUGUGUGUGUGUGUGUGUGUUUGUGUGCAUCUGCCCCCGUCAGCACACUGAGCAACCUUCACUGAAUAACCGCAGCAUUCAUGAAAAGCGUCAAACAGCUGCAGCGAGGACAGAAGUGAAAGCAGAAGGACGUCACUGAAGUUUCCUGCUUUAACUGGAAACACUUUAACACCGUUGUUGACCGCUGUUUAAAGGCUACUAGAUUGAUUCAGUAGAAAUUCAGGCUGAUGUUAUUACACCCUCUUUUUUUUUUUUUUUUGGUAAUAAAAAUGUUUAAAUUUGAA